ACAUAUAUAAAUAGAGAGAGAAGACCACCCUAAAGAGAAGGGAAGACAGAUAGAGAGGAAAGAGAGAUGACAAUGGCAGUCAAGAAAAUUGUCUUUGCACUGAUAUUAGCAUCCGUUCUUGUAGCUGAUGCUGAUAACAACGAGCAUGAAAGAGUUAUGUUCGGAUACGGUGGACCAACUGGCCCUGAGAAAUGGGCAAACUUGAACCCUGACUAUGAAUUGUGCUCAAAAGGACAACACCAAUCUCCGAUCAACAUUGAUGAGAAUGAAGUGGCUUAUAACCCGGGUUUGGAAGCUCUGGAGAGGGAUUAUGUUCCUGCAAAUGCCACCCUUGUUAACAAUGGUUACCACGUUGCGCUGCUAUUUGAUAACAAUGUGGGGACCGUGCUGGUAGAUGGAAAGAACUAUAGCCUGAAAUCUGUGCAUUGGCAUUCACCUUCUGAGCACACCAUUGAUGGUGAACGAUUCCCUGUGGAGCUUCACAUGGUCCACAUGAGUGAUGAUGGAAAAGCUGCUGUAGUGGCAAUUCUGUAUCAGUAUGGCCGUCAUGACCCUUUACUUGUCCAGAUACAGAAGCAGCUAAAGGAAGUAGAUGAGGAGGCCUGCAGAAGAGAUGAAGAGGCACACAUUCCGGUUGGAGUUGUGCAAACAAGGGCCCUGAAACGCCACACUAACAAGUACUACAGGUAUUCUGGAUCCCUCACCACACCGCCAUGCACCGAGAAUGUCACUUGGAGCAUCCUUGCCAAGGUAAGAGAGAUGACCAAGGAACAAGCAGCUGCUCUGCAGGCACCUCUGCAUCAGGAGUACCGAAACAAUUCGAGACCCACACAACCAUUGAAUCACAGGGUUGUGCAGCUCUAUCGUGAAUCAGACAAACAUGAUGAAAAGUCCCUCUAAUCUCAUGAUGCUUAUAAUGCUGUGAGACGUAGCAUGGAUCAUUUCUUCCCUAUGGAUGAAGAAAUAACAUGCAUCAUUGUCUUAUUCAUCAUGAUAUAUUAGAGAUACAAGGGUACUAUAUUGGUAUGAAUCCGGAUCCCCUUUUUUUUGGUACACAACCAAGACCUUCUUUGAGGACUAGUUUAUUUUAGGUUCUUACAUGGACUAUUUUUGGAAUGUACACUCUAGAGUUCAACCAUUUUGAUCCCAAUGGAUUAACGUCUCUUGAUCUGUAACUUAGAAUCCAUUUUGCUGUCAGCAAUAAAGCCUUGAGUUUGACUGUGA